AUGACCCCCUUUCUUUCCGUGUUCAUGGUGGUGGUGAUGGUGUUCAUGAUGUCCGCCUUCGUCGUGGUGUCCCUUGUGAUCGUGAUGAUGACCACCCUUUUCAUGAUGACCCUUCUCUCCGUGGUGGUGUUCAUGAUGACCAUCGUGCUUGUGGCCUUUGUGGAAAUGACCGCCCUUCUUGUGACCAUGCUCAUGAUGAUGUCCACCAUGUCCCUCUUCGUAACCGGAUUCGCCGUGCUUGUGGUGGAAGUGUUUGUCCUUCUUGAAUUCGUCAACUUUGUGGACGCCGUGGUGACCCUUGGUAGAGUGACCUUUAUGGUAAUGUCCCUUUUCUUCAAAACCAUGUCCCUUCUCCCCUUUUUCGCCAUGAUGGUGUUCAUCAUGAUGGCCUUCGUCGUGAUGAUGAUGUUUCUUGUGGCCGCCGUGAUCAUCGUGAUGUCCCUUGUGAUCUUCGUGAUGGUGGUGACCCUUUUUGCCGUGCUCGUGGUGAUGAUGCCCCUUAUAUCCCUUGUGGCCCUUACCGCCGUGCUCAUGAUGGUGAUGUGCGUGGUGUUCCUUGCCACCGCCCUUCUCAUGCUUGUG